AUGGCGUCCGGUAAGCUUUACGCUUUCAAAUCCUCGUCUAAGUCAUCAAUGCUCACUCCCACUACAGACAUCCCCAAGGUUGUCCCGUUGACCUGCCACGGACACUCCCGUCCAGUCCCGCAUAUCAACUUCUCCUCCGCCGUCGAAGAUGACCAAUACUACCUGAUCUCCGCCUGCAAGGCUAACCCCCGCAGGAUCGGAACCUUCCUAGGCCACAAAGGCGCCGUCUGGCAAGCCCGCCUCUCGACAGACGCCACCAUCGCCGCAACCGCCGCCGCCGAUUUCUCCGCCAAAGUCUGGGACACCCACACCGGCGAAUGCCUGCACACCCUGCAACACGCGCACAUCUGCCGCGCCGUCGCCUUCCCGCUCCAGGCCUCGCCGCAGGUCGUCGCGACGGGCGGCUUCGAGAAAAAGCUCCGCAUCUUCGACCUCUCGCGCAGCGGCGGCAACAGCAGCAGUUCCUCGCCGACGCUGCCGUCCCCCGCGACGGCCGAGCCUCCCGCUGCAGGCGCAGGCGCAGCGACGAGCUACGAGAUCGGCCCCGGCGUGCAUGGCGGCACCAUCAAAUCCAUCGUCUGGAACCGCGAUUACAACAUCCUCACCACGGCGGCUGAGGACCGAAAGAUCCGCUGGUGGGAUCUGCGCUCGCGACACCCCGUGCUCGAGUACGCUGUGCAGGGCUCCAUAGGCAGCUGCGAACUGAAUACGCUUGCGACGCGCCCGAAUGACCCAGGGAUUUUGACUGUCGCCGCGGGCAAAUCCGUGUACCUGUUUGACGGGGCGGCGCCGGGCCGAUUGCUCAAGAAGUCGGAUUUCGGGUACGAGGUUGCCAGUGCUGCGGUGAAUAAUGAUACCGGCCGGUUGGUGACGGGAACUUGGUAUGUGGAUGUCUUCGUCGCUCUGGAACCGUUUUACUAA